UCGCGCGUUCGGUUAUCGACUUGUAAUGCCUGGUAUUUGAACUCGCGCGCUCAAAUGGCUGGUUGACAAGCAGCAGCCCGCGAGUUGACACAGGCUAAAUUCGCAGUUUAUAUUUUCAUUUCAGAAGCAGAUACUGACAUUAGCCGUUUCCUGGGGAAACUGUACGACGUCAGAUUAAACAAUGGACACCCAGUCGUACCUACCCGUGCCUCCGGGAGUCGGAAUGGAGGAGAACUUCUUUUCUUUGGACGAUAUUUUGCUGUCGCAUGAGCGGCUACCAUGUAGGCUAGAGACAACUUUUCCUCGCCUCGGAUUCCUCGAGAAAUCCAGCGACACUCAUGACAUUCCAGAGGGCACUAAGAUGGAGCUUCCACUGUGGGUGGCUAAAGGCCUGUAUGAGCAGAAGAGGAAGGUUGUGGCAGUAGAGCUCCCCAAGGUGUACCGCGAGGGCUGGAGAACGGUGUUCGGAGCGGACCCCAACGUGGUGGAUCUGCACAAGAUGGGGCCUUACUACUACGGGCUGGGCUCCCAGCUGCUACACUUCGACAGCCCGGAGAACCCAGAGGUGGCACAGACUAUCCUACAGACGUUUAUCGGGCGGUUCCGGCGGAUUAUGGACUCGUCUCAGAAUGCGUACGACAAGGACACGUCUGCACUGGUGGAGCGGCUGGACUGCCUGGAGAGGACGCUCUUUCAGGCCGGGCAGAACGGCCUCAACGCCUUUCAGCGCUGGGAAAAGGGACACGCACACCUGACGGCCUCCAACCUCGUUAUGAACUACCGCAAGAGGAAACUGGCUGAUAUGAGUGUUUAAACGCAUGCACACGCAUGCACACUCAUACACACGCAUACACACUUAUGCUCUCCCUCAUCAGGGAGAAUGAUGAACUUGCAAACAAGCUCACCCACAUUUGAUGACAUGCUUAUGUGCAUACACACACGUCCUCCCAGGACAUUGUGAGAUGACCAACAAGCACACCAGAAUCCACAUCCACAGACUUAUUUUGAGACUUUAUGCACGCACACACACACCUUUUGUUCAUCCUUUCUUAAAUGUAAAAAGUACUUAUGUCUAAAUCAUUGUUUCACAACAUAUUUAGUUUUUUGGUAUGUUCUGUGUGUGUAUGUUUUUGAAAUUUAGCCACCGCAAACAGCAUAGCAGUGGUAUAUUAAAAUGGUUUCAAAUCAA